AUGCAUUACAAGAUUGUCAGAGCCAUCAGCGGUGGCCUCGCUGAAGAGAGGCCUGGAUAUCUCUUCUGCCUCCCGGAACACGGCUUCAAUCGAUCGUCAGUGCAUGGCAGCCUGCUUCACCCGCUGACUGCUGCCAAGCUGGACUCCUCCGAAUCCUGUGAGGAGGCUUCCAGAUACUCACAUGCGUUCCCCAGUGAUCACCAAGUGCCCGCUAGUCACCCUACACCCCAGUACAAUGAGACACAUGGAAAAGCAGCAGAGGGCACCCCUCAGUUCAAAGAUGUUUCUACAAUCACAGACGUGUGCACCAGCUGGGAUGUCCCGGAGCUGGAGAUCAUCAGCCUUCUGCAGGCAAAGCUCCCUCACUACACUCUGCGCGCAAACACCAUGUUCGGAUACGACCACGACGACUGGCUACACACUCCGCUACUACCGCCUGACCUGCCCUUCCAUCUUACCCCUGAACAGAUAGAAGAGACGCUGAAGUAUUUCCUGCUGUGUUCCGAGCGAGUUGGCAGAAUCACCAAGACCUAUCGGGACAUAGAUGCUGUGACCACUCUGCUAGAAGAGAAAGAGAGAGACCUCGAGCUGGCCGCUCGUAUUGGCCAGUCUCUUUUGAAGCAGAAUCGAGAACUGACAGUACGGAAUGAGUAUUUGGAGGAGCAGCUUGAGGCCACUAAAGAGGAGGUGCAUCAGCUUCGUCAUGAAGUCUCCAUGCGGGAUGACCUUCUCCAUCUGUACACCAGCAACUUGGAAAGCGAGUCCACAUCUGCCACUGCUACACCACUGCGUAGAAACCAAUCUUCAUUCCGUCUUGAGCACAAUGUCCAGCUGGAUUCUCUCCAACAGAAGCUCAAGAGUCUAGAGGAAGAGAACCAGAAGAUGCGUAAUGAGGCCAGCCUCAUCCUUGAAACAACGAAUGACUAUGAAGACCAGGAGAGUUCAUUAAUGCUGGACUGCGUAGAACAAUUCUCGGAGGCCAGCAGGCAGAUGGCACUGUUGGCAGAGGAAUUGGCACGCAGGGGUGAAGAUGCAGCCCGGCAGCAAGAAGAGAUCAGCCAGCUUCUAGCCCAGAUCGUUCACCUGCAGCAGAAGUGUCGCAAUACCUCCUCAGAGAAUGAAGAACUUCACCAACAUCUAUCUAUUGUGAGGGACAGGGAAAGCUUGCUAAAAACUGAGUUUCAAGACCUUCAGGAAAAGCGCAGGGAAUGUCAGGAGAUGCUGAACGAGGCACAGGAGGAGCUGAAGAACCAAAGGAACCGAAGCCUCCCCAACAGCACCAUCAGCAGAUACAGCACACUGAACAUUUUCCCUUUGGAUUCUUUAGCAGCAGAGAUUGAAGGAACAAUGAGAAAAGGGAUUGAUUCCUCUUCAGAAUUAAAGAGCUACAAGCGUGUCUUUGAGACCGUGAAAGCAGCCAACCUAGUGGUAAGGUCUCGUGGUCCUUCACAGUGGCCGUCCGCUGCUCCAAGUCGUGUGGGCACUCCUCCAAUGAGCUUCUACGAGUCUGAGGGUUCCAGCUUAAUGCAAUUGGAGGAAGAGACUUUACUGCCAGAAGGAGAGAAGGAAUCUUCUGUUGCUGGGGAGAAGAAGUUGGGAACACCCGGUACACCUGGAGGACAUGACCUGGCCGCUGCACUUCAGAGACUUCGGGCUCAACAAGAAUCCGACUCUCCAGAUUUAUUUGAAGAGAGGGAGCACAAGUUGCAACGACAUGGAGAAGGCUCCAGUGGAUUCCUUACACCCAAUGACAGCCUCCUGUCCACUGGUACCAAUUAUUCUGGCAUUUCUGAAGCCAGUGGCAGCUCUGGUCUGUCUUUGGGAUCAAGAUGCUACCUACCUGAGAAGCUGCAGAUUGUCAAACCACUGGAAGGUUCAGCGACCCUCCUGCACUGGCAGCAGCUUGCAAAGCCAAAUUUAGGUGGCAUUUUGGAUCCCAGGCCGGGUGUUCUCACCAAAGACUUUCAGAAACUGGACCAUGAUGUAGAGGAUGUCUACAACCUCAAUGACUUUGAGGAAGAUGACCUGGAACCAAUGUAUUUCCAAGCCAGGGUGACCUCCACUCCUACCAAAAACAGGGAAAAGAACAGCAAUUCCUUGUGUGUUUCAGUGUUCAGUUCCGCUAACAACCUCCCCCAGACACCAUCUACGUUCACCAUAACCACAUGUCGUACCCCGCACGUUCUGCAGGACAUUACAAUGGUCACAUCCAGUCUUCGUAAUACACUCCUUCCUUCGUGUGGAAGCCUUGAGAGCAUAAGUUCCCUAAAUCUAGAUACUCAAAAGGACCAACCAGUAACCUCUGCCACAGCAAGCCAUGAACAGACUGGCUCUGGACGCAACACUCCCAUGGGACUAGUUACCCUGCUUAAGGAACAUGGUAUAUCAUCUGCCACUGCUGAGCCCAACAAGUUGACCACAUCAGAAGAUGAAAUUAGACCACCUGUUCCAGCUGUACACUCUUCUUUCUUUCCAUUGGUUUGGGGUAGAACAUUGAGGGGUCUGGGUUUUGGAAGAUCAUUUGUGGAUGGGGCUAGAGUGACUAAGACAUCAGACUCUGCUCCAGUCCAGAAAAGCAUCUUUAGCCUGAACUUGGUGGGACAAUUACAGAGGCUUGGCUUGAAUCGGGUUGUUGAAAGGGGUAUUGUGUCUUUCCAGAGCACAACAGGGGACGAAAAACCUCCAAGCUAAAUUCACAUCAACAAAGGCCCAACAAGGCAGCAUGAGAACGUACGGUAAAAACUUUGCACUGAGUGGACUUUCCAGGAUGUGUACAGAAGAUGAAGAUUCCUGGAAUAUGAAGACCACAGACCCUUGUU